AUGUCUCUGGUGCCAACACAGCAACCUCAUACUUUUGUUGACAACCACGCAUCGUUGCAUUCUGCUUCCAAUAUCGCGAAACUUGGUUCCGAGGCGACCCUUGACACGCUCCUCAGCUCUCCCAACUCUAUGGAACGAAGUGCUACGGAGUACUCGCAGUCAGGUUUGCCUUCGCCCUAUCCAAGCAACUUCGGCGACACCAAUUCUGAAGGUUCGAGGGCAGAUCACGCAUCUGCUGCGCAAUAUCCUGUCAAGCAGGAAGUCAACUAUUCAACCUCAGCCACUCCCACCUCCGAGUACGGCGUCUAUCCUCAGUCAGCCCGAUCAGGAUCUUUCCCAGAGCACGUCCAGCGUUCAUACCACCCUGCCAGCAGCACCAGCACUGGAGGUAUGGCGCAACAACAGAACAGUCCGUCAAUGCCCCAGCAGGAUGGGCGUAGCCAUCAGACCCAUCCGGUCAAAUCUGACAACGAUGUUCCUAUAGAUCCGUCCAUCGCCGCGCCGAGCCCAACUUACGCUUCGUAUGGGCAGCAUUCCCCCUACGCGCCUAACCCAGACAUGACACACAGUUACUCUCACCCCGGCGGCGGCAUGUAUGCGCAGCCUCGGCCAGACUGGGCUGGUUACCCUCAGCACGGAGGUGCGCCUUUGACUCCCGGCCACCCAGUUUACGCCCAAAACCCUGCUUCAGCGCCACCUCAAGCACGACCAAACCAGGUUUACUCCUUCGUUCCCAUUCCAGGUGCGCAACAGCAUAAACGACCUAGGCGACGAUACGAGGAGAUCGAGCGCAUGUACAAGUGUGGAUGGAAUGGCUGUGAAAAGGCCUAUGGUACACUGAACCACUUGAAUGCUCACGUUACCAUGCAGUCUCACGGACAGAAGCGAACACCCGAAGAAUUCAAGGAGAUUCGCAAGGAGUGGAAGCAGAGGAAGAAGGAAGAGGAAGCCAACCGAAAGGCUGAAGAGGAGCGACAACGCCAGGCUGCUGCCGCCGCUGCUGCUCAAAAUGGAGGUGGCGAUCCUCAAGGUCCUGAUGGCACGCCUACCUCAUCUUAUCCUGGCCGAACAGUUCAGCUGCCUCCCAUCGGAUACCAGCCUGCUCAGUACCCGCCACCACCUUCUGGCGUUCCACAGCAGCCUCUUCCCGACUAUAACAACAGCCAUAUGUACUCGAAUUAUCAACCUCACUCACCUUACGCGCAGCCCAGUCAGGGCAUUCCUUACCAAUCAAACGGUGGUCAACCCCCAAGCCACUAA